AUGAAGACAUGCUCACGAGCACAAUCUCUUGAUCUAAUCAUGGAGCAUUCAAACCGUAUCUCUAUCAAGUUUGAUAGAAAGAACUAUCCUUUAUGGGAAUUUCGGUUUCGUGUGUUUGUUGAAAGGAAAGACCUCUUUGGAGUUCUUGAUGGUAAUAUACUUGAACCAACCGAUGCUCAAGAAAAAUCAAAUGAAAGACGAGAAAUGCUCGACUUAUCUCUUGGAUUCUCAAUUCCAUGA